AUGCAGCCUGCUCCUGAGGAACCGGAGAGCGAGCCUGUGAACGAAGAAGAGCAGGAGGAAGAGGACCAACCUGAGGAGGAGGAGGAUGCUCAGAUGGAGGGGGACGAGGAAGGGGAUGAGGAUGAGGAUGCUGAAGGGGAUGAAGAUGGGGAUGCGGAGGAAGGUGGGGAUGCGACGGGAGAGGCGGAAGGAGACGUCGAUGCUGAUGGGGACGAAGAUGCCGAGUCGGUUGAAGGACCGCGCUCUGAUGCGAACUCUGACGCCUCUUCCCCCGUUGCUCGACGGGGUCGUGGGAGACCGAGAGGAAGACCACGGGGCCGCCCGCGCGGGAGUAGGGGGACGACCCGGGGGACUGGGCGAGGGCCUGGUAGGCCGAGAGGAAGGGGAAGGGGGAGAGGAAGAGGCAGGGGGAGGGGGAAAAGGAUCCGGGACUCGGAGGCUGGGGUGUGGACGUUGCAGGCUGGUGAGGAACUGCCGGAGGGGAUAGACACGGAAGGAUUCUUCGGGCGCGUCGGUGGACCUCUAACGCGCACCGUCGGCGGGCGGGAUUACGAACUCGCUGGCGACGAGCUCAAGACGGACGACGACGUCAAAGGCGACGCAAAGAUCGACGCGCGUGGGAACCUGCUCGGCGGGCGGGAGUUCAAAGCGCACACAUUCACCUCCCCUUACCGCUCAGACACAGAACGCAAGUAUAUGCUGUCGAUCGACGCGGCGCGUACUUCUGGGUUCAGGGACUCGCUGUACUUCUUUAGGAGGAAUCCGCUACUGGUGAAGCUUACCCUUAGCCAAGGGGAGAAGGACGCGUUGAUCGCGGAUGGAAAGUUGAGCACGAACCUCAAGAGCAGGAGCGUCACGAUGGUCACUGCGAGAAGUGCGUACAAGUGCCAGGGUGCGAAACUAAUCAGGGAUGGGAAAUGGGCGACGGAUGACUACUACGAAGACAAGUCUCGGGAAGAAUGCAUAGCACAAGGGAUCAUCCCCGGAGAUCCUGUCGGCGAACUCCCUGACCCUAUGGCAGUAGUCGACUCCACGCAGGCGCUACGCAAAGCUGCGACGGCAUAUGACCGGAUCUCCAAGCCGACAAACGAGAUGACAACGCGCUACGGCGGGCCGGGUCUCUCUCCUUUCAGGCAGGAGAUGGGCCAGGCUAAACGGCAGAUGCUCUUGCGCGAAGGUGUCGACGAGCGCACGUGGAUGUGGCGCACUGCGAUGGACAUCUGGGAAUCGAAUGACGAGAUCCGCCGGCUGAGAGAAGAACGGUUACAGGCAUUUUCUUCGCCCUGGGAUCAGGGCUCUUGGAGUACUGCGGGAAAGCUCGAUGUCGUCAUGCCCCCCGAGGGUGCGGGGCUAAGUAACAUCGGCCCUCCGCCGGUGCCCAUCACAUAUGCGAAGAGUCCUGUUCCUGGGUCGCGGCAACUUGGCACGCCCCAGCCGGAGAACUUGCUCGUACAAGCGCUCACCUCAAGCCAGAAACGCGCGAGCAGCGAGAUGGUUGAAGAACCUGCAGAUACUGCUCCGGCCAAAAAGCGGAGAAGGACGGAUAUGGCUAUGGGGCUGUAUGAUGGGUAUACCGACCUGCCGAUGUUCCCAGGCGACACCCAACCUACAUCCGUCAAGUGGGAAAAGCUUCCCCAAUCUCGCAUGCUCAUCGCCGGGACUAACAAGGUUGGCUCCCAAGCCUGGGGUCUGGCAUACGUCGACGUCGUCAUGGACUUGAGCAAGCCUAAAGAGGAGCCACCAACGGUGGACACCAUGGUGCUGGAUCCGGCGCUGCAAUGA